CGAGGGGUUGAUAUCACGGAUAGCUCGGUCGACGGCCCUUGGGUGACAACCUGCUUCCCUCACCCACCGCUAUCAUGGCUUUCACUGGUUCAUCUGGAUUUUCAAUCCAGGGUUCCGCAUACAACUCCGUUCAAGGGAACCAAAUUAUAAACAGUACGACGAUCCAAGUUCGUCAGGAGAAGAAGCACACAAUGUACGACGAGUUCCAUACCAUUAUACUUGGAUCUGUCUGUAGGAUUCGGGAUAUAUAUCGGGAAGAUUACCUCAGACGAUUAGCUGUUGGUAAAAGGGAGUGGUGGGAAUUCGCACGUCCUCGAGUUGACAGAGCGAUCUGUACUGCCAGAAUACGUGGUGAAUCAGUCGACUCGAGGUUCACUGUAGUUUCGUAUACCGGACCAGAAGCGAAGAAGGCAUGGAAGAAAGACUUUCAGCGGUGCUAUAACGCUGUAGAUACAACAAAAAUGCAGCUGUUCGGUAUCAACCAGUCAAAUAUCCCUCUGUUGAUAUUUUACGGAGAACUGAUACCCCUUGCUCAUAUUUGGGAUAGAAUCGGAUCGUUAGGACGAAGUUAUGCAAUAACAUUGGCGUGGGACAUGAAAUGGAGAGUUUCUAAUACAUGGAUAGAUACCGAAAAAGGCACACUGAUAGAAGGACUUGAAGGACCCAACAACGACUCUUUCGAACGUCAACCAAUCCUUGGCAUCAAAAUGGCACUGGCACCAAGCGUUGAACUUCUCCAAAACCAUCUUUGCUUGGAAUACCUCUCUCGCUCAUCACCCGACAAGGAAUUCGACUUAUUCCUCAUCAACUUACUCGACCAGGCGUCUGCGGUUACUGUGGAGGAACUCCCUGUUACUACCAAUCGGCCGACUGUCCUCUCAGAUCAUACCAAUGCUAUGAUCGCAAUCGGUAAUGGAAUCUGGGAGGGCGCUGGGCCGUGUCUUAAAUCCCGAGUAACGAUGGCAGAUGGAAGAACGAGAUUCGUUCUCACCAACCGUACAUCCCCGAUGCUUGCCGUAUCCGAUUUGGCUGAUGACUCCAUGGCCUGGCUCUCGCAGGCAUCCAGUGUCUUUCACAAACUUGGGAGCUCGUCACUAAAUGAAGACCUCUCAUCCUACAAAUUCGUCGGACCAGCUAUCGUUUUAAGAGGAUCAGUCGAGGAGUCGGUACAGAUACGACACCCACAAAGUCUACCAAUUUAUUUCGACCUUCACCCACUCCCUCUCUUCCCCUUACUGGAACCUGGCCUAACUGUAUCCCCACAUUCUUGGUCUUUCGACGAACAUGGACAGACGUCCAUCCCAGAAGAUGAAUGUGAAUAUCUUGGACUUCCCACUAAGAUCUUGGUGACUCGUUCGACGAACUAUAAAGUAUUCUGGCCUACAGAGACAUACAAUUUAAUCAGACAAUGGCAGAUUGCGAGAGGGUUUGAUCCAACUACGACCGAGUUUGCGAGAUAUCUUGGGUUUCCGGCGUUGGAUGUCAUCAUACCCGGGUUGGAAGAAUCAUCUAGUACAUCACUGGAGACUGAGCAACUCGGCAGCUCAAUCUGGUCUGUUCUCACAGCCCCGUUUAAGUAUGUUGCCUGCGAGGAAUUGGAGAUAUCUGCGGCGAUGAUGUAGGGAGUAAUGCAGCGAUUACAUGGGUGAGGAUGGUUCUCCUUCAGUCCAUGGGAUACAACGAGAUUGAUUAGAUGGCUUGUUCGUGCAAAAAAAUAGUUUAUGAUAGGAUAACCAAGUC